UUAUUUUAAUCUGGGUUGCGUACUGUACCAGGAAUAUUGAACGUACUUUACCAGGACGCCUGAAUUGGACUGUUUGAGGAGUGGCUUAUUACAAUUAAUUUAAGAUAACCUGGAUGGUAGAGCGAACAUCAGGGUUAACGCGGUGGCGGCGGGAGCAUAACAACAAAGGCUUCGAGCAGGGAACGACGCUAGAAGGAGGCAUCGGCUUGGAGUGGAGUUAGCAUGUAGCGGCACAAAAAUACAACCACGAAACCUGCUCCUAAAAACUCCUUUACGUUUUUGGUCAAAAUGUUAUUCCUUUCGGUGUCGCGCACCAUUUUGUUCUGUACCCUCUGCCUGUAUCCUAUCGUCCAUUCCGAUCGAUGGUGUGCCGAUAACACAUCCCGAGAUAUCGUGUACCGCAGGCUCGGUACCAAAACUCCCUACCGGCACAUACAGAACAAGGAUGUGCGCAAUAUUGCCACGGUUAAUGGUUGUACUUUAAGUAAAAUUUGGGGCCUGUUCCGCCACGGUACUCGAAACCCUUCCGAAAGCAUCAUCAACCACAUGCACGGUACGCUGGUCGGACUGCAAAGGGACAUAGUAGAGCAUGGCCGAAUGUGUCGCGACAAUAUUGCCCAGUUCGAAGCCUGGAAACCGCAGGUUACAGUGGCCGAUGCCAAGCUACUCGUUCGAGAGGGUGGUGCGGAGUUGUUUCGAUUAGGUGAACGGUUCCGUAAGCGGUUCGCGGGACAACUGCCGGACCGAUACGACGCCGAUCGUUUCUACUUUAAGUACACCCGUACCGAGCGUGCCGAAUACAGUGCCCGCAAUUUUACCCUUGGAUUGUUCGCACGGGAAGAACCGAUCGGCUACCCGGAACCACUGGCACGCGAUCCGGUACUACGGUUCUACAAAGGUUGUGACAAGUGGCGAAACGCGGUGAAGGAAAACCCGUACGCCUACCAAGAGGUUGAUCGGUUCGGUAGCUCAAGCGAAAUGCGCGCUGUGGUCGAAAAGCUAUCGAAGCGCAUUGGAACGUUUGUCAGCCCCGAGGAGAUCCACGCCAUGUACCAAGCGUGCGCAUUUGAAACCGCUUGGAACGAACGCGAAUUGUCCCCGUGGUGUCUACUAUUUGACAAGGAAACGCUCUCUGUGUUGGAGUACUCGCAAGAUCUGAAGUACUACUGGGUCGAUGGGUACGGCUACGAACUUACUUACCGGCAGGCCUGCGCGGCGUUUCGCGAUCUGUUCGAGCGGUUCGACAGUGCCACGGCACCGGCGUUUACGUUCUACUUUACUCACUCCGGGACGGUGCUCAAGUCGUUGGCCUUCCUGGGACUGUACCGCGACAAUGAGCCACUGGUGGCACAGCAUUAUCGAUACAAACGAAAGUGGCGUGUUAGCCAUAUCGAUGCAUUCGCGUCCAACUUGUACUUUGCCAUGUACCGCUGUCCCAACGGUACGCAAUCGGUAGGGCUGUAUCACCAGGAAAGACUAACGCCUAUCCCCGGCUGCCCAGAGGGCGCUAUGCUGUGCAGCUACGAGCAUUUUAAGAAACUCUAUGACGAUCGCAUCGAACAGUGUGAUUUCGACACCAUGUGUUCCGAGCCAUUCGUGCCUACUUCUCCGAAAGAUGAGCUGUAAUUGUUGCUUUUAGCGUACAUGUAUUUGCUUAUAUGUUAAUUUUUAUCCUAAUGAUUUCUCUUGAUUAUGCAUUGACAUUGACUUCUCUUUUAGCUUGUAAAUAGUUGAGCACACUGCUAGGCAACACACCCUGCACUACGAUUAAACCGCUUUCACCACGGGGCACACCAACGCGCACAUGGUGUGGUAGGCACGCAAAUAAAUCUUAAUCUA